GUAAAUAAUAGUCUGGGCAAUCCCAAGAAGUGAGAGCGAGAACCUCUCAGCCCUGCUGAGGCCCAAGCCUGGGCCCUACAACACCUGCAAGAAGUGAGGCAGAGAAAGAGAAACAGAGGGCGCUCAGGACAAAGACAGAUCUGUUCCUCUAGUGGUUCGCUGCAGCUGCAGCUUCCCAGUACUGGCAGCAUUUACAGCUAUAACAGGGAGAGGUCAGCAGAUCUCUGAAGCCUGUGAAAUAUGGGAGAAUGUAGAGGAAGUGCUGGCCUGGGGCUUCUCAGGAUCAGUAGUGGGAUUGUUUCAAGGGCAAAAGGUAUUGAGGGGGAGAUGCUUCUUUUUUCAGGUACCAGUGACCAUAAAGGAAGUGGAAUAUUUGUGGCACCUUAGAGACUAACAAAUUUAUUUAAGCAUAAGCUUUCGUGAGCUACAGCUCACUGCAUCAGAGGUGACAGUCUAUUGCACCAAAGGGCAGUAGGUACUUUUGUACCCUCAUCAGAGGGUCUUCUACAGGGAUGUCGUGCAGGAGAAUUACAAGACUCUGAUCUCCCUGGGAUUUCCGACACCUAAACCUGGCAAGAUCUCCUGCACAGAACAAGGAGAAAAGCCAUGGGUCCCUGGAAUCAGGGGAAAGUAAGAUACCAGUGAUACCUGUACAGAUGUUUGGAUCGUGAAUGAGAGUGCAGAGAACCUUCCAGCAGAAAGGACUUGAGCGAGGGGAACCAGAUGGAACAAUUUCAGGGAGAUCUGAAGAGAAUGUUUUCCAGAAUCCUGAUCAAGAAAGAGCCCAUGAGAGUUGUAACUGCCCAGAAAGACAGUGGGUAAACCCUCCAAAACAGAAAGGAUGAGGAUGAGACCUCACAAAUAUCAAAGCACCACUGUCCAUCAGAGAGCUGUCACCAAAGGCAGUCAAUGAACACUAAGUGUUGUGAGAAAAGGUACAACAGGGGCUCAGGCCUCAAUGGCUGCCAAAGAGCCCCGAUGGGAAAGAAAUCCUAUCCAUGUGCAGACUGUGAGAAGGUCUUCAGCUGGAGCUCAGCCCUGAUCAUCCACCAGAGAACCCACACGGGUGAGAGGCCCUACAAGUGCCCUGCCUGCGGGAGAGGCUUCAGCCAGAGCUCCAACCUGGUCAGACACCACCGCACCCACACCGGGGAGCGGCCCUACGAGUGCGGUGAGUGCGGGAAGAGCUUUGGCCUCAACUCCCACUUCCUCAAGCAUCAGCGCACCCAUGCCAAGCCCUACCCCUGUGGGGUCUGCCAGAGAGGCUUCUACAGCUCCUUGGCCUUGGGCAGGCACCAGAGAGCCCACGCACAGGAGCAGUGCUACACCUGUACAGACUGUGGGAAGAGAUUUCGGGUGCACUCGGCACUAGCCCAGCACCGCAGGACGCACACAGGUGAGAGGCCCUUCCAGUGCUCCAAUUGUGGGAAGGGCUUCAGCCAGAGCUCCAACCUACUCACGCAUCAGCGGGUCCACACUGGGGAGCGGCCCUUCCACUGCACCGAGUGUGGGAAACGCUUUGCCGUCAGCUCCCACCUCCGCACUCACCAGAGGAACCAUCGCGCGGAGCGGCCCUGCCAGUGCACUGACUGCGGAAAAGGCUUCACCAAUCCUGCCAAGCUACUCGCCCACCAGAGAUGCCACACAGGGGAGCGGCCCUUCCAGUGCCCCGAGUGCAGAAAGUGCUUCAGUGACAGCUCCCUCCUGGUGAAACACCAGCGUAUCCACACUGGGGAGCGGCCCUUCCAGUGCCCCGAGUGUGGGAAGAGCUUCAACCGGAACCUGACCCUACUCAGACACCGGAGAGUGCAUACCAGGGAGAGGCCCUAUAUCUGCCCUACCUGCGGGAAGGGCUUCAGCCAGAGCUCCCACCUCAUCACUCACCAGAGAGUGCACACAGGGGAGCGGCCCUACAAAUGCCCGAUCUGCGGGAAGGCCUUCAGCCAGAACUCCAACCUGAUACGGCACCAGAGGAACCACAAGCACCAGGACACACUGUAACCAGCUCAUCAGCACUUGCCUCACACAAGUGAAACCUGCACAGGCACACUUUGUGGCAAAAGUUUCAAACAGAGCUCAGACCUUACAAGGAAACAGGGAAGCCACGUGGGGAAGGAAGCGACGGCUGUCAAACAAAUCCAGUCCUACCAUUUGAAUAGUGCAGAGGAAGUGCUGGAAGCAGUGCACUGUAGGGAAGUGAUUGCUUGGUGAUAUUUUUGGAUGGAGUAGAAGGAGAAA